AUGUACCAAUCACCUCGUAUCGCACCUCUUCCACCUUCACCAUCUACUAUCCGGACUACUUCUUCUACCAUAUCAUCUACCGGAUCAAUAAGAAAUUUACCACCUUCUCAUCCUUUCGCAACUCAUUAUAUCCCUUGUAUAAACCAAUCUCGUCAUAUUUCUUCUCAAAACCAAUCUCAAUACAACCCUUCUUUAUAUAAUCAAACCAACGAUUCUUCAUCUUCUUUCGAAUCUGAAUCAACACAUUUUCACAACAACGUAUCACCCACAUCUUCGUUAUCUAAACCAUUAUCUCCUCGAUCUUUUUCUACUUCUAAUCAUUUCUAUCAUCCUAUUCCUGUUCAUUCAGCAUUACCUAAUCGUAUUCACAAUUCUCCAUACUCUGAUCGAUCUAUGAACUCUCGUAUAUCUUCCGAAUCAAAUUACUCAACUCAACAAAGAACUCAAAAUCAUCGUUUUGUCGAAGAUGAAGGACGAGUCGGAGUAAGGAAAGAAUAUCAACAUCAGAGUUACCCCUCUUAUCAUAAACCUUCUCUUCACAGUUCAAAAUCUAUGAUCCUAUCAAAAUUCGAUUUACCAGCUUCUAUCCCCGAACUUGGUUUUUUAGAUGGGAGACAACAAGGAAGGAUGAUGAUGGAUGUUGAAUAUAUUUCAGGAAAGAAGAUGAAUUUGAAAUUCCCGUUUAUCAAGAGAUGGUUUGGUGAGGGAGAAAAGAAAGAGAAGAAAGAGGUUAAAGGGAGGAGGUUGAGGAAGGAAAAAGUCAUGUCUUUCGAAGAAGAGUUUUUGAGGGAGGGGAUGAUCUAG